AUGAAGAUGUUCUUGUGGUCCAUUAUACAAAAUGCGCUUCCCAUCGGUGAGAACCUUCAGAAACGAGGGAUGGGAUCAGAGGUAAAUUGCGUCAGAUGUAAAGAAAGAGAAACAAAAGCUCAUAUCUUUUUCACUUGCCCAUACGCCAAAAAGGUGUGGAGCUGCAUACCUCUAGCUAGAGCGGUUCACAUAGCCGCUGACGAAAGCUUCACGACCGUGAUCACAAAGUUCCGUGAAGCGAUCUGUCUUCCCCCGUCAGGUAUCACUGGUAACGUCCUCCCCUGGAUCUGUUGGGCGAUUUGGACAUCAAGGAAUGCUCUGGUUUUUGAGAAUAGAACCUUCACCCCUGAAGAAACAGCAACAAAGGGUCUAGCAUCAGCAAAGGAAUGGAACUUGGCUCAACAAAAACCCACAGCACUUACCUCACAUCAACAGCCUGAGACAGAGACGACAUCAGCCCCGACGAGCCACCAACUUCGAACGACGGUUACAUGUAACACAGAUGCGGCGUGGGAUAAAGACAGGAAGAAAGCUGGAUUAGCAUGGACUCUCUCUGGGUCCUCCCUUCCAAUCACGAUGAAAGGCACCCUUGUGAAGGAUUUCAUCGGAUCACCUCUUGUGGCGGAAGCCCUGGCGGUGAGAGAAGCUCUAUCAAAGGCAGUAGAACUCGAGAUCUCCGAUCUUAAAGUCUACACCGACUGCACAACGCUCCUUGGAGCAAUCAACGGUUUAUCGCAGAGAAAAGAGAUUAUUGGUAUCGUUUCCGACAUCAGAUCAAUCUCAACUGCUUUCGCCUCUAUCUCUUUUUUUCAUGUUCCAAGAUCGAAAAACAUUAUCUGCGAUCAGUUAGCUAAAGCGUCUCUCCAUUUGUCUGUAAUGAAUAUGGGCCAGGCCCAUUAA